CCGCUCAGUUGGCUACGAGCUGCCGCCGUGAGCAUUGGCAAACGCGUGAAACGGAAAAAACGAAACCGAACUCGAAAACCCCAAACCCCAAGCCGAAAAAUAUAAUUUGAAAUCUCCGCGCUGCUCUUCGGUACGUGUUAAGUUUUUUAAUUAGUCAAGUUUUCAAGUGAGUGCGGUGGCAAAAAGAGAAAAUAAUUCACAAAAAUACAAAAAGCAAAGCUCAACACCCUAGGGUAGUGCACAAAAAGGUUAACAAAAAACCCGUGGAGCAAAAGAUAAAAGCAAACAUUAAACCCCUCAGUAGAUUUCAGAGUUGGCGACUUGAAGACAGUUGCUGAAUCGCAAUCGAGUCAAAUGCAAAUGCAAAUCGACGGCGAAUGAAUUGACAAUGACAAAGAGUAUUAAACGUCCGCCCCCUUUUAGUUGUAAACGAGUUCUCCUUACCUAUGUGAUAUUAGCUUAUACAGUAGCCGCCCACAGUUCGCCCCCGCCAUGUGGCCUCUAUGGAGCGCCGCCUUGCCAGUUCCUCCCGGCGCCACCUGGACAAACGCCCACCUGUGCCCGUCCUGGGAAGACGUACUGCGAACACGCCGAUAACUAUCCCACGUAUCUCAUCAAGAGCCUCGUCCGAAAGUGGGGCUAUGAGGCCAGCACAUUGCUGGUGGAUGAAACCUGGGAGGAUUUCGCGGCUGUGGCGUGGCACGAUACUCCCGUCUUCUACGAUCCCAAGUCCAUUUUCCCGCCCCGCGAUCCCAGUGCCCAGGACUUUAAUGGAUAUAGUUAUCAGACCCCAUUUGGGGGGAAUCCCCAGAGGGUGAGUGGCGGGGGCAACCCCCUAUUCGUCAGCAGUCCCUCUACGGAAGCGCCAACGUAUCUGCUCUACACCUCUUCGGGUGGAGGUCAUCGCUCCGGUCAGCGUUACAAUUCCCAUGGAGGUGGCACCUCAUCCUCCGGCGGACACUUGUUCUUCAAUCAGGCCGGCAAGUCGACUCCCUACAACGCCACGCUCUGGCUGAAGCGGUUGGUCAGGGAUCUCAGUCGGAAGCAAAGGCAAGUCGAAGAGGAGGUGGAGGAGGAGGUGGUGGAGGAGGACGAGCAGGCUCAGGAGGAGGAUAAGGAGGAGGAAGAGGCGGAGGAUGAGCCGGCCCAGGAUCAUCCGCAGAGCAAGCGCGAUAUCUCACUCAACAUGGAUCUCUUGGAUAUUAUAGGCGUUGAUGCCCCCAAUCCGCUUAAGAAGCGCUCGAGGACGAAGCGCCAGAGUCCGGGGCGCUCCACUCUCUGCCAGACGACCUCGCAGUUCAUCACCCCUCAGGCGGCGCUGAAUAGCCGCGGAAACUGGAUGUUCGUGGUCAACGAGCAGAACACUGCCCGCCAAAUGGUCAAGGCGGAGCUCUGUGCCUCGAACACCUGCUCGAACCUGUGCGAAUUGCCCAACGGCUACAACUCGAGAUGCGAGCAGAAGUUUGUGCAAAAACGCCUAAUUGCGCUCCAGGGCAACGGGCAGAAUCUGUACCAGGACACGUUCUGGUUUCCCAGUUGCUGUGUCUGCACGAUAGCCGCCAAUUAAACGGACGAGGAAGCAGGACACCACAUCCUCGGCGGCUAUUCAUUUUGGCAAAUUCAUAUCUGAUAACUAAAUGAUACGAAAGCACACACACACAACACCCCCACAAAAACACAAAACACAAAAAACACUCAAUAUCUCUCUCUCA